AGUAUCUAUCCGGAAAUGGAGCGACUUAAUUUGUCGAACAGGGCUCGCCUGUUUUUCCACCUGUCGGCCACCGUUCACCUGGGCUAUGCCAUUUACUUUGACUGUCGGUAUGCCCAGUUGCCACAAGUGGCGGUGACCCUGCGCCUGGAGCCACCGAUUGGUGGCAAGUUUAAGUACAUGACGUUUCUGUGCGGCCUUUUGCAGUUGGGGUACUAUACACUGGCGCUGACCUUUGACCUCCUCCGAUUGAGAUCUCUAAGGAAGCUGCGAGACUACAUCUUCGCCACCUUUGCCGUACCUCUGGCCCUUACGGUGGGUCUCACCUUUUGGACACUCUUCGCCAUCGAUCGGGAAGUGAUAUAUCCGGUGCUUUUGGACCUGGUCUAUCCCAAUUGGCUGAACCACACCAUGCACACCUUCGUCGUAAUCUAUGCCUUUGUGGAGUUGGGUAUUACACGACAUCAAUAUCCGAAACGCAGUCGAGGAUUCACUGGACUGGGUGCCUUCAUGUUGGGAUAUCUGGUGUGGAUACAUAUCGUUUGGUUCCGGACCGACAUCUGGGUGUAUCCCUUUCUGGGCGGCAUCGCCUGGCAGCUGAGAGUAAUUUUCUUUGUCCUUAUCAUGGUCCUCGGAUUCAUUUACUAUCUCUUCGGCGAGCGAGUUAAUAACGUCUUGUGGCAGCGAUCUACUGGUGUCCACAGAUGGAUCGAUUCCCAUUGAAAUGCACAUUUGAUAGUUUAAGGAUAGGAACAUAAAUAAAGUAUAUAGGAUAUGCUUCUUAU